UAUUGCGCCUGAUUGAUCUUUGUUUGUCAGGAACUACACACAGAGAGUCAUGUUUGCGAUUUGACUGCAUAACCCUGGGCGGUGUUGAUAGUUAUCUGUCAACUUUGUGUUUUGUUGUGGAGUAUCACUGGUGCUCCACUGCGUUGUCAGGUGAUUGAUUUGGGGUCUUAGACAACAAGCAGUUGCCAUAUGUUUCACGUUAUGCAAUGACAGUGACAGAGUGACUUUUUGCAGCUAAAACAAGCUAGCCCCACUAGCCUGCUCGAUCGGUUCAGUCAAACUUCUUUAGGUCUCUGCUGAGAAGUUACGCGCUCGACAGGUGUCUGCCAUUCGCAGCUCGUAAAUCCUCUCCGCUAGUUUUCCAGCUUCAUUUUUGUGCUUCAAAUGGCUUUGGUAACAACGUUAAGACGGCUGGUUCAGAAUAGUCUACGUGAAUAUUCGAGGAAGGCGUCGGCAGUAACCUGGCCUACGAAACAAAGGAGCUUUUCCAUCGGCACUCAGCCUCUCAGAUCGGACAACAAGGUGACGGUCAACUUCAUCAACCGAGACGGGGAGAAGAUCACAGUGAAGGGAUUGCCUGGAGAUUCUCUGCUAGACGUUGUCAUCAACGAAGACCUCGACUUUGAUGGUUUUGGAGCGUGCGAGGGAACACUGGCGUGCUCCACAUGCCAUCUGAUCUUUGAUGAGGAGAUGUAUAAGAAGCUGGGGCCCAUCACAGACGAGGAAAUGGACAUGCUAGACUUAGCCUACGGCCUGACUGACACAUCUCGUCUGGGUUGCCAGAUCUGCUUGACGAAGUCUCUGGAGGGAAUGGUAGCCAGGGUUCCAGAGAGUGUAGCCGACAUCCGACAGACCAAAGAUGGAUCAUCUUAACAGGAAACAUGUGGCUGAGAACAUGAGUGUAGAAAGUGAGGGUACAACACAUGCGCACAGAGACGAUGGUAGGUGGAAUCUGUCAGUACUGCUGUGGGCUGCCAUAGAACUCUUUCCCACUUUCUUUUAAUAAUAAAGUCAUAGCCUACUAAAGUGAGCUCUCAAAAACCAGGAAGCUCAAGUAUGCAACUUUGACUUUCAAAUUAAUUUUUUUAUAGAAUGUAAACCUGCAGUACGCAAGAUUUAGACUAACAAGGCUGUAAUGCUCGGCUUACAGGAGAAACCUGCAGCCCUUAGUGUGGAAUCAAAAUAUUUAUGAGAUAUAAACUGCUGUCUGUUCUGUUUAUUUGAAUCACUGCCUGGGG